AGGCGAAAAAGAAAAAGAAAAAAAAAAGCAGAAACGAAAAAAAAAAAAAAAAAGCAGAAAAGAAAAGGAAAGCAGAUAUUUGGAGAGAUUAAAUAGAGAAGAGGAACAUAAACCCUAAUUCUGCUUCCAGCCACUCAAUUCUCACACUCCUCCCCCUCUCUAAAACCCUACUUCCCAACCUCCGAAAUCCCAACGCCUCAAAUUUCGCUUCACUCUUACUUUUCGGAUUAUCGGAGCAAAACCAUGGAUGUAGAAAACAACGUCGAUGCGAAUGCCAGCGGAAGCUUGGCCGCCACAAAGAUCAGGUUCCAAUACGAUGAGGACGAAGAAGCUGAAACCAUCGAGCAAGUAGCUGCCGAGAGCUCGAAUCUUGAUGAGGAUUCCACCAUGUGCGAGCGGGAGGAAUCCUUGGUCACUGGGGAUGAUAAGACCAGCGCUGAUUACUACUUCGAUUCCUACUCGCACUUUGGUAAUUAUUUCGAAAUGUUGAAGGAUGUGAUUAGAACAAAGACAUACCAAAAUGUGAUUUAUAAGAAUUCGUUCCUUUUCAAAGACAAAAUAGUUCUUGAUGUAGGUGCUGGGACUGGAAUACUGUCACUUUUUUGUGCCAAAGUUGGCGCUAAACAUGUUUAUGCGGUGGAAUGCUCCAGCAUGGCCAAUACGGCUGAGGAGAUUGUAAAGCUAAAUGGAUAUUCAAAUGUUGUAACUGUUCUUAAGGGGAAGAUUGAGGAGAUUGAGCUUCCAGUUGCUCAAGUUGAUGUUAUCAUUUCUGAGUGGAUGGGGUAUUUUUUGGUAUAUGAGAACAUGUUGGACACAGUGCUUUAUGCUCGUGACAAGUGGCUAGCCAAAGAUGGAAUUGUAUUGCCGGACAAAGCCUCUCUUCAUUUGACUGCAAUUGAAGAUGCCGACUACAAGGAAGACAAGAUUGAAUUUUGGAAUAAUGUAUACGGGUUUAACAUGAGCUGCAUUAGAAAGCAAGCCAUAGCAGAACCCCUUGUAGACACCGUUGAACAGAAUCAGAUUGUUACCAACUGCCAAAUGCUCAAGACCAUGGACAUUUCAAAGAUGGAUUCAGUAGAUGCUUCUUUCACUGCCCCCUUCAAGCUCGUGGCUGAACGAGAUGACUACAUCCAUGCCCUGGUCGCUUACUUUGACGUUUCUUUUACCAAGUGUCAUAAAUUGAUGGGCUUCUCUACAGGGCCAAAGUCCCGUGCGACUCACUGGAAACAGACGGUCUUAUACCUAGAAGACGUGCUCAGCAUUUGUAAAGGGGAGACAUUGACGGGGACCAUGACUGUGGCGCCUAAUAAGAAGAAUCCUCGCGACGUGGAUAUAACCAUUAAGUAUUCACUAAAUGGGCAGCACUGCCAGGCUACAAGAACUCAACAUUAUAGAAUGCGCUGAUCUCUUGUGUGUUGUCUUUUCCCUUGCGCUGCUCAUUCUAUUGGGAUCUUUGUGUAACAUUACAGUAGGAUUUGAAUCCUAUUUAUAUUGGAAUUUGGAUAUUAUUAAUUUUGUU